GUCAGAUCAUACGUGUCACAGCAUUCAAAGCAAUAGUAUCAUAAAAGAAACAUGAAUAUGAGCUGUUUGGCAUUGUUUUUCUUUACAACAUUCAUCCGCUCCACCUUCAGCAUGAUACGAGACUUUUCUAAUUGCCACGAUGACUUCAAUUUAAAACCGCCCGAUGGUAUUCUCAAAGAACAUACAUUCACAUGGCUGGGGUUUGUUCAGUACAUGCACGUAACAACUGGUUUGCCGCACCAUAGCAAAGCCCCGCGAGUGGUUUUGAUACAAAAACAGUACGUUGUUGGUACCGCAACCGACAUGCUCCGGUUGCCGAAAAACUAUAAACUUGGUAAUAUUAUUUUUGGGGACUACGAACGUGACGAAGAGGACUGCGGAUUGACAAAAAUGCAAAUCAAAAUGGACGUAAAAUGUCCACGGGCGUACAUUGAGAUGCCUUUUAUGGACAUCACGCCGCAUCCAGAAUAUUCCAGAUUCGGCGUAGGAAACAGCUUGGCACUUGUUAAAUUACUUCGGCCGAUGAAGUCACAUUAUAUGGUACCUAUAUGUUUGCCGUCACUUGCUGAAAGGAUGAGGAAACGAAAAACCAAAAUUGUUUUUAUGGUCGAUUACAUAAGCACUGUUCCCAGAGAUUUCGAUACAGAAAAAAUGGGCAAAAAAACAUUGAAAAUGUAUACACACAAGGAAUGUAGAAAACAUCGAAUGAAAUCGAAAGCAGGCAGUGAAGGCGUGACACACGUGAUCUGCAGCUCAGGAUGUGGUGUACGUCCAGGAGCACCCAUCAUUACCCACAACGCUGACGGAGCCUUCGAGCUCAUAGGCGUGGCUGCUGGUGGAGCGCCUUGCUCUCGCCGCUCGAUGCGCAGGCGCCUCAUCAGAGAGUCGCCCUUGUACAUCGACAUAUACCCCUAUAUGACCUGGAUUAUAAACGUCAUCACCGCUAACAAAUUGCCGCUGCCUUAUUCGAAUAAUUUCAUGCUGGUUGAAGGAGGACCGAGUAUGGGCGUCCACGGAGGGUUUUUAAGAAGGAGAAAAAAGAUGAGGACAGGUUGGAGAUCAAGAACAUUUGCAGCGGGAGAUAAUUGCUUCAAGAGUUUGAAAAAACAGCGCGCAACAUCGUUCUUCUAUGCAGAAAAGUUUACAGUUACUGCUGAUCCCCCUGCGAAGCUUAAUGUUAUUAUGAAAAUAUCAGCCGGUAUCGACUGUACCAUUGUUUGUGCUCGACUCCUGAUGCCCAACCGUAUGUGCAAGCCCGUGAUCGACGGCGUCGGCGGCUACAACAUCACAAUCACCUUCAACACAGAGUGGUUCCCUUAUAUAUUCUAUUUUGGAUUGGGACUCAAUGGAAAAAAUACCACCGCCAAAGAUUUUUACACUUGGCUUCCAGAACGAAGUACCGGUUUUUGGUGAAUCAAUAUGUUCGGGAAGGAAUUCACUGUAAUAGUUGGUGUUACUUGUUCAAGUUUAUUAAUGCACUUUAUAAACAAUGACUAUUAACAAUUUUAGGUACAAAUUACAAUUGGUUUGUAGCAAAAUAAAAGGCUGAAAAUCAUUUGAUGAUCUUAUUUAGCCAGGCUUUUUAGCUGUACCAAUGAAAGGAAAAUAUAUAAAAGUUAUUAUUGUUCGAGUUGACUAUAGAACUAAAAUAUAAAUACUUACAACACACAGAUUUAUAAAACGCGAAUGUUACAGCAAUAGGAAUGGAGAUAAUAAAAUAUUCAUAUACUUACAUAUUAAAGGAAAUGAUAUAAAAUUUAAAAUUAUAAAUCA